GGAGGUUUGCCGUUCGUAAUUUCAUACCUCAACUACAAUCUAAGGUGGUGUUCUUUUGGAGAGAGAAGACUUCUGUCAGUGUCCAAAUCGGAAAAUGGUGGGAGGAUUGACGUCGAGUUUGACUGAUGCGAUCGAAGCCUAUACAGGCCUAUCACCAGUGGCCUUUUUUACAAUUUUGUGUCUCAUGUUUGGGGUAUAUAAACUUGUCUGCGGGAUCUUCUUUGUACCUGAUGAUUUCAAAUCUUUACGUUCUAGUUAUAUAGAACAACUUCGCCACUCUUCUUCAUCUUCUUCUCCAUCGGUUCCCAUUUCUGAGCCUGUUCAAUUGGGAGAUGUUACCGAAGAACAACUUAGAGCUUAUGACGGUUCUGAUCCAAACAAACCCUUGUUGAUGGCCAUCAAAUCUCAAAUUUACGACGUCUCCAGGUCUAGAAUGUUCUAUGGCCCUGGUGGGCCUUACUCAUUGUUUGCUGGGAGGGAUGCGAGUCGGGCGUUAGCUCUACUGUCCUUUGAACCCAAAGAUUUUACAGGAAAUAUCAAAGGUCUUAGUUCAUCUGAGCUCGAUACGUUACAGGAUUGGGAAGAUAAAUUCGUGGAGAAAUACGUUAAGGUUGGGCGGAUUAUCACUGGAGCCAAGACGGAUGACAGCGUAAAUGGAGACGACGCAGAAGAGAAUCUGGAGCAGUUCAAGGAAGAACCUAGUGCUGUGAAGCAAGAUUAGAGCAACUUGAUGUGAGGACUGCAACAAGGAAUUUGUAUGAUGCAUGAUUGAGGAACUGGGGUGUGACAAUCACAACUUGCUGGGAAGUAUUUCCUGUGAAUAAUGAUCAUCAUAUAUGCUACUUUGGAGCUAAUCGAGUUUGCUGUCUGUAGAAGUUGUAAAGGUCAUUUGUCAUCCCAUGUGUAUGUUACGUUAGGCUGACGAGCACAUUGUUGUAUGCUAUAUGUUUGUUUUUCUCUCUAGACCGUGAAACCUGAAUGUUAUCUUAAUGGUGGAUGUGUACUACUGAGUUUGCCCACUCCAAAACUUGCACGCACAUUAUCAUAUAUCUGAAGUUCUCUUUAACGUGGAU